UAACUUUCAAAACAUGUAACUUCGAUUCCUAUCUAUUAGAAAUUGACGAGAGACAUGUCGAGAGCAAGAGUACGAGCUGUUACCCAUCAAGAUCUUGUUCCAAACCCUAAAACCACAGAUCUCAGCAGCAAAACCGGAAUUUUCAUCGCGGUUUUGACUAUAAUCUCUGGCCUCUCCUGCUUUGUUCUCUGCCUCUAUGCCGAAGCAACGAGAUCUCAGGCGACAUGGGGAAGCAAAACGUGCGUGUAUAACGGUAGCGGGAAAACGCCGUUGUUGUGCGGUGCGAUUGCGUUCGUGGGACUAGCGGUGGCGAUGGUGGGCUUGCACAUGUACUUACUUAUCGCAGUUACCUCAUCACCUCCGCUGGUUCUGGUUGAGUGGGAUCCUGACUCUGUUCCUGCGAAGAGGCUCACGUUUCAAGCUGCCUUCUUCUUCGUCUCAACAUGGGUUUGCUUUGGUGUUGGAGAGGUUCUACUGUUGGUUGCACUUAGUGUGGAAUCAGGACAUCUAAAGAACUGGUCUAAGCCAAAACCUACUUGUCUAGUAAUCCGGCAAGGCUUGUUUUCAGCGGCCGGAGUGUUCUCACUUCUAACCGUCUUUCUAGCCACGGGACUUUACCUAACCGCUCUACAAGCACAUAGAAUCUCUAAGGAUCUUCAAAAUACACAUAGAGAAAUCCUCGAGGCAUCAGUUCUUUAUGCAUCUCCUCCAAGAUCUCCGACUAAUCGGAUGGCUACGGUAGCUCGAGAAGGUCCUGCUACGGUUAGAGAUGAGUCGACGUCUUUGGAAUAUCUUGUUUCUUUAAAGCAAAUUGCACAUAUAGUAUAGUGUACAAUGUAUAGUAGCUAAGAUAUACUAGUUAACAUAAUCAUACGAGAAAAACAAUGUUCUUACAUAAGCAAUACAAAAGUACAUCUCCG